GCGGCGCUGAUUGGCCGGGGCGCGGUCACGUGACGGCGGCGGGAGCGGAGCGGGCGCCCUUCUCCGAUGCGGGGUCCCCUCCUGGCGGGGGCCAUGGGGGGUCCCCUGGCCCGCACCAUCCGUGCCAAGCUGACGGCGGCCCUGCAGCCCACCCACCUGGAGGUUCGGGACGACUCCCCCCUCCACGGGGGUCCCCCCGGAGCCGAGACUCAUUUCGGGGUGCUGGUGGUGAGCGGGCGCUUCGCGGGGCUGCCGCCGCUGCAGCGGCACCGGCUGGUGCACGAGGCGCUGCGGGCCGAGCUGGCCGGGCCCCUGCACGCCCUGCAGGUGGUCGCCCGCACCCCCGAGCAGUGGCAGAGCGACCCCCAGAACCCCCCCGCGCCCCCUUGCCUGGGGGGGUCCAAGCGGGAGAAGCGCCGCGGGGCCCGGGAGGAGGAAGAGGAGGAGGCGGGGAAGAAGUGAUGGCGCCGGGAGCCCUCCAGGAACAACGUGGGGCUCUUGGGACCCCCCCCCAGGAACAACGUGGGGCUCUUGGGACCCCCCCAGGGACAACGUGGGGGCUUCCAGGACCUCCCCACGGACAACGUGGAGCUGCCAGGACCUCCCCAGGAACAAGACUGCAUUCUUGGGAGCCCCAAGAAACAGUGUGGGGAUGCCAGGACCCCCCCCCAAGAACAACGUGGGGCUCCUGGGACCCCCUCAGGAACAGCGUGGAGCUCUUGGGAAUCCGCCAGGAACAGCGUGGGGCUCUUGGGACCCCCACCCCAUAGCACCCCCACCCUGCAGGGGAUUUUUGGGGUGUCCCUCCCAUUGAAUCAAUUUAAAUAAAUGUGUUCUGUGGGCA